AUGCUGUAAUACGCAAUUCAAUAAUCUAUAUUAGAAUAAGAAAAUGGUGGAUAAAAUAUGAACCCUGAUGAAAUGACAUAUGAGUAAUUAUUAGCAUUAGAAGAAAAAAAUGGUAAAGUGUGUGUUGGUUUAAAUUAGGAACAAAUAGAGAAAAUUCCAAUUGCAAAUUUUAAUAGAAAAUUAAAACAUUUUUAAGAUAAAUGCAGCAUUUGUAUUACUGAAUUUAAUAUUGGGUAAUAAGUAAAAAUUUUAGACUGUAAGCAUUUUUAUCAUGUUGAAUGCAUUUCAAGUUGGCUAAAAGAUUAAAAAAAAUGUCCCGUCUGCAAAAAUGAAAUACUUAUUUGA